AUGGAGAUUAGAUAUUCAAAUAGUAGUGCUGGUAGCAGUAGAGAACACAGUAGUUCCAGGAAUAGCAAUAGAAGGCGAAGACAUAGUGAUACUAGGCAUAAUGGUAGUCAAAGAAGGCGUCGUCACCAUCAUCAGGACACCAAUGAAAGUAAAAAUAGAAAAAAUAAUGAUAUCUCAUUUGGUAACUCUAGAAGAAUUAUGAUUGGUAAUACGACGUUUCAAAUUCGCAUAGUAGACGUAGUGAUAGUUAUGCUAGCAGUAGAGGAAGAUCUAGUAGUAUGA